UUGAUAUAUAUAGACGUCAGCAGCUCCGCGCCCCGUCUUGUCCUUGGCCGCGUCUCAUUCCGCCAUGUUGGGAGCUGUUGCCCGGUGCAGCCGGAGCGCACUGCAGGCCCUGCGGCCCGGCCACCCCCUCCCUGCUGCCGCCGCCGGCCUACACUCGCGACGAAACUAUGUCGCUCAAGCAAAUCCAUCCGCCAAGCCAGGCCUGCCGAAGGGGCGGAUUGUUGCAGUUAUUGGAGCGGUUGUGGAUGUCAAGUUUGAUGAAGGGCUUCCCCCAAUCCUGAACGCUCUGGAUGUGUUGGGUCGCGAGACCAGGCUGGUGCUGGAAGUGGCCCAGCAUCUUGGUGAGAGCACAGUGCGGACAAUCGCUAUGGAUGGCACUGAGGGGUUGGUGCGUGGGCAACAGGUUCUCGACACGGGCGCGCCCAUCAGGAUUCCAGUCGGGCCAGAAACUCUCGGCCGAAUUAUGAAUGUCAUUGGUGCUCCCAUUGAUGAGAGGGGGCCAAUCAACACAAAGCAAUAUGCUGCAAUUCAUGCUGAAGCUCCUGAAUUUGUGGAGAUGAGUGUUGAGCAGGAGAUCUUGGUGACUGGCAUCAAAGUUGUGGACCUGUUGGCUCCCUAUGCCAAAGGUGGAAAAAUUGGUCUCUUUGGCGGUGCUGGUGUCGGGAAGACCGUACUGAUCAUGGAACUCAUUAACAACGUGGCCAAAGCCCAUGGUGGUUACUCUGUGUUUGCUGGAGUGGGGGAACGUACCCGUGAAGGAAACGAUUUGUACCAUGAAAUGAUUGAGUCCGGUGUCAUCAAUCUGAAGGACGCGACGUCCAAGGUAGCGCUGGUGUACGGGCAGAUGAACGAGCCGCCUGGUGCCCGUGCUAGAGUGGCACUGUCUGGGCUAACAGUGGCUGAAUAUUUCCGUGAUCAGGAAGGUCAGGAUGUGUUGUUGUUCAUUGACAACAUCUUUAGGUUUACUCAGGCCGGUUCAGAGGUAUCUGCUCUGCUUGGACGUAUUCCUUCUGCUGUCGGCUAUCAGCCAACUCUGGCGACUGACAUGGGUACCAUGCAAGAACGGAUCACCACCACAAAGAAAGGGUCGAUCACAUCAGUGCAGGCUAUCUAUGUGCCAGCUGAUGACUUGACUGACCCUGCCCCUGCUACAACCUUUGCCCACUUGGAUGCCACAACUGUGCUGUCACGUGCGAUUGCUGAACUGGGAAUUUACCCAGCUGUGGACCCUCUGGAUUCGACUUCACGUAUCAUGGAUCCCAACAUUGUAGGAAAUGAACACUAUGAAGUGGCUCGUGGAGUGCAGAAAAUCCUGCAGGACUACAAGUCUCUGCAGGAUAUCAUUGCCAUCCUGGGCAUGGAUGAGCUGUCUGAGGAAGACAGGUUGACUGUGGCUCGUGCUCGUAAGAUCCAGCGUUUCCUUUCUCAGCCUUUCCAGGUUGCUGAGGUGUUCACUGGACAUCUGGGGAAACUUGUGCCCCUCAAAGAGACCAUCAAGGGAUUUCAGGAUAUCCUGAAAGGUGAAUAUGAUAAUUUGCCCGAACAAUCCUUCUACAUGGUUGGACCUAUUGAAGAAGCAGUUGCCAAGGCACAGAAGUUGGCUGAGGAACACUCGUAAUGCUGUAACAAUCAUCUGGCUUUAUUGUAACUUGUAUGGAAUGUCUUCAGAUGUAUUGUCUUCAUAACAUAGAUUCAAAAGCUAUUUAAUGUUUCUACAUCGGAAGAAUAAUAAAAUUGUUCUGUCUGAAUCUGAAAUACAUGUCUGAAGGAGUCAUCAUAAAAAGAUAGUGAUCACAGCACAUGACCAAAAUAAACUUAUCAGCUGUAA